AUGGGAGGGGCGACUCCACCGUCACCAGAAAAGCUCUCCGUCCACCCCCUUGCUCUGGGCUCUGGCCGCUGCCGCUGUGGACCGUCAGGGCCUUUGGGUGAAUGCCUUGCAUGGCUCAUGCUAAGGUUGACGACGGCAAAGUUCUCAGGCAUCAUAUCGCUCCUUAGAGGAGGUGUCGAAGAAGCUCUUGUGCCCAGUGAACUGCAAAGGGACUUCCUGUUUCUUAGCCGUGGUUAUGCCACAUCUUCAUCCUUGUGCUGGGACUGUUCUGCCACAGUGCCAUAUGCUUCCAUCACAAGUCACAGCUUGAUGCUACGCCAUUACAAAGAAGCUUUUCGCGUCGCCAUCAUGCUCGCUUUCACUCGUCCAACUAAAAUGUCCCCAUGCUGUCCCUGUAUCACGCCACCGCUUCUAUUUCCAGCUGCCAUGACGACAAGUGUUCUGCUGCUGCUGCUGCUGUCCCUCUCGGGGACCGUUGCGCUCGCCGUUCCUCAGCAGCAGCAGCAGGAGCUGCAGCUGCAGGACACGGUCCUGCUCGACGACGUCGUGCAGGAGGCCGCCGAGGAGUGGUACCACGGGCGGCACCGGAGGACGGGCGUCGCGUACCCGCUCUCGCUACCGGGGAGCCUGUCGGGCGUCGACGCCACCGUGGCGCGGUUCCGCGCGGGGAGCCUCCAGAGGUACGGCGUCAGGCGGUUCGGCGAGUUCUCCUUGCCGCAGGGGCUCGCCGUGCGCGGCCGCGCCGCCGCGCACCUCAUCGCGGUGCGCGUCAACCUGGGGAACCUCUCCUCCGUGUACGACGAGUACGCGGUGGGCGCCGGGUACCGCCUCGCGUCGCCGGUGCUCGGGCUCAUGUUCUACGGCCUGGCGCGGCGCAACGGCACGGCGGCGCUGCAGAUCGACCUCACGGGCGCCGCCAUCCGCGUCAACUUCUCCGUGGCCAUCCCCGCGCUCCAGCCGGGCGGCGCGGCGCUCUGCCUGGCCGUGGGGCUGAACGGCAGCGUCACCGUCACGGACGUGGAGGAGGGGACCAACACCUGCAACGCGUCGGACCAGGGCCACUUCGCGCUCGUCGUGGGUGGAGCCGGCGACGGCGGCGGCAGUGGCGGCGGCGGCGCCGGGGAGGCGGAUAUCGGGGAGGUCAGCAAGUGGAAGCUGGCGCUGUUCGGCGCGGCGCUGGGCGCGGGCGGCACCGUGCUUCUGGGGAUGGUCGCCGUGGCCGUGGUCAGCAUCCAGCGCCGCAAGUCGGAGAUGGCGGAGAUGGAGCGGCGGGCCUACGAGGAGGAGGCGCUGCGCGUGUCCAUGGUCGGGCACGUGCGCGCGCCGUCAGCGGCCGGUUCGCGCACCACGCCGGACGAGCUCGAGAGCGAGUACUGUGCCACGUUGUGA